AAUAAUUUGAACUGAAUAAGUUAGUAAGAUGUUUCCAACAAUUUCAUUUGGGCUUUCGUCUGUUCCCAACAGGGUUGCACAUUUUGCAAAUCCGAUACAUAGGUUGACCCAUCUGGCAGUUGGGUCAGUGCGUCGACCAUUUACACCAAAAUAUGAUAUGAUAUAGCUGACAUUGUACAAGUGAUAAAUGUUUUAUUUUUGUGCAGUAUUCAUAAGUUGUAGUGUUCAUCAUGUUCUGGUUGGCAAUAGUAGCAACUGUAACAUUCUCCAAUUUUGGUGGUGUAGCUAGCUCAGUCAUUGUUGCACUGAUCAUCCCUAAUUGGUACAAUAAGGAAGCAUGGCUAGAGACCAGGCCGAGAGGGGGAUGACUUUUGGAAUCAAUUAGUCAAGAAAGACAUGCUUAUAUGAUGGACAAGAUCUUUCACGAUGAACAUGAAUUGCAGGAGAAGAUUUCUGCUCCUAAGUGUAGCCUUGAAUGGGAUUAUUUCAGUCUGCUGUAUCAUAUUCAUCAUUAUGAAUGUUGGAUGUAAAAAAAAUGAGAAUUUACCUGACUGUCGGUGUGAAGCAAUACAUGAUUUAUCGUCACAAGUCAGUGUAGCUGAGCAGAUGGAGGAAGUAAUAUCAUUUCUAAAUCAGACAACAAAGGAAAAUCUUGUACAACAUCACCCAAACUUUCCUAUGAAGCUUGUCAUGGAUAUGAGAAACAAUAAAAGAUGUAAUUUAAUGCCAAGCCUUUUCAAUAUAAGAUGGCAGAACAUAUACUGGCAAGAAGCCAAACUCUCUGAAGAUACUGUCUUCUUCCUCUAUUCAGCCAUAUAUGACAACAGAACAUUUACUGAUAUGCGACCGUGUGUGCGAGUGUUGGGAGUGAGUAGCUCCACCAGUCUACCGGAUGCCUACUGUCACUUCUGGUUCAACAUCACAGGGCCUCCAGUACCUUCUAAAGUUAUCAAAACUGAAUACAUAGAUUACCAAUGGAUGGACAAGUCACGGGACAUGACGUACAUGCUGACCUGCCGUAUUCCCUCGGGUGCGAAUUCCAUGAAACCUGUAGCUGUCUCCCUUGUCCACACUCCCUGCCAAAUUGCAUCUAACCUCUUACAUGUGACUGGAGCUGGGAAAAGGGAAUCAUCAGCUAUCUCUAGUAAUAUAACUCCACAAUACCAAAAAUGGAAUGAACAUGUGUACACUGCAGCAGUGUGUGGACCAGCACUCUACUAUUACCACCAAGACUUUUCCAUUAGAAUGGUGGAGUGGCUGGAAUCUUUAAGGGCCCAGGGAAUCUCUCAGGUGUUUCUGUAUGAAACAGACAUCCAUCCUAACCUUCAGAAGGUUCUGCGUUAUUAUGAGAAAGACAGGUUCAUCCAAGUAACCAAAUACUCUUAUCCACCUCCGUACAUCAAUGAGCCCAGCAUUCGCAGAUUAUGGACUUUGGUGGAGCGUAAGAAGAUGUGGGCCCAAGAGAAUGUAUACUUCACUGACUGCUUGCUCCGUCACAUGCACCAGUACCGCUUUAUUGCACACUACGACCCUGAUGAGUUGCCAGUUUUGCUUCAACACCGCUCCUACACUGACAUGCUAAAUGAAAUUUUACGCAAGUCAUACAUCAAGAAUGCAAGACAACCCAUUGGCUACAAACUUCAGUGGAAUAUGUUUUAUUAUGAUGUUGAGCCACCAGCCAGCACUCGUGGUCUACCUGAGUUCCUGUACAUGUUGCGCCAUAUCUUGAGAACCAAGACAGAUCUUCUUCCAACAUCAGCUGGGAUGUACAAAGCAGUCUAUGACAUGGAUUAUACCACGGGUGUCUCCUCACAUGUUGUCAUCACCUGUAAUUCUGGCCCAUGUUCUUCUGAUCUGCAAGAAGUGUCUCCUGAUGUGGCAUAUUUGGCUCAUUAUACUUUAGGAACUUGUGGAGAAAAGUGCAAGAAUCAAGAUUACAUGCGUGAGGAGCCAGCUAUUCUGAAGAACGUUGACGUUGUUAAAGCUGCAGUAAAAAACGUCCUAGAAACAAUUGGGAUCUUAUAACAAACUGUGAUAUUUUGAUUAGUAUGUGUACUUAGAUAUGCUAAAUCUUUUUGAGUGUGCAUAUAGUUUUUAAUAGAGAUGUUGUAUUCGUAAAUUUUGUUCUGAUAGUUUAGUUCAUUUAUUAUGAACCCCAUACCCAUCUUGUGGGCUGUAGUGGAGAGAGUUACAGAGGUACAUAAUGGGUUCAUGGACUGAACCCCACAAUUCAUUUAGUUAAGCCAGUUACAA